CCGCCCGGGGAUGACGAGCUCGUACGUCGGCGCGUCACGAGGGGGGUGCGUGUGAGGUCAUCGCGCGGCUGGGCGGGCGGGGCCUGGCAGUUUGAACGAGACGAAGACGGAACCGGAGCCGGGCGCGAGCAGUAGACGCGGUUCCCCUGAGAGCCGAAGAUGGCAGUGAACGUAUAUUCAACGUCAGUCACCAGUGAUAAUCUAAGUCGACAUGACAUGCUGGCCUGGAUCAAUGAGUCUCUGCAGUUGAAUCUGACAAAGAUCGAACAGUUGUGCUCAGGUGCUGCCUAUUGUCAGUUUAUGGACAUGCUCUUCCCUGGCUCCAUUGCCUUGAAGAAAGUGAAAUUCCAAGCUAAGCUGGAGCAUGAAUAUAUCCAGAACUUCAAAAUACUACAAGCAGGUUUUAAACGAAUGGGUGUUGAUAAAAUAAUUCCUGUGGAUAAAUUAGUAAAAGGAAAAUUUCAGGACAAUUUUGAAUUUGUUCAGUGGUUCAAGAAGUUUUUUGAUGCAAACUACGAUGGGAAAGAGUAUGACCCUGUAGCUGCCAGACAAGGUCAGGAGACUGCAGUGGCUCCUUCCCUUGUUGCUCCUGCUCUGAAUAAACCGAAGAAACCUCUCAGCUCUAGCAGUGCAGCUCCACAGAGACCCAUUUCAACACAGAGAACUACUUCGACUCCUAAGGCUGGCCCAGGGGUGGUACGGAAGAAUCCUGGUGUGGGUAACGGGGAUGAUGAGGCAGCUGAACUGAUGCAGCAGGUAAAUGUGUUGAAACUUACUGUUGAAGACUUGGAGAAAGAAAGAGAUUUCUACUUUGGAAAGCUAAGGAACAUUGAAUUGAUUUGCCAGGAGAAUGAGGGAGAAAAUGACCCUGUCUUGCAGAGGAUUGUAGACAUUCUGUAUGCCACAGAUGAAGGCUUCGUGAUACCUGAUGAAGGGGGCCCACAGGAGGAACAAGAAGAAUAUUAACACCUUGGGCCAGCAGAGCCAUCAGAAUUCUUCACUCCAAAUCAUGUGCUUAACUGUAAAAUACUCCCUUUUAUUAUUCUUAGAGGAUUCACUGGUUUCUUUUCAUAAGCAAAAAGUACCUCUUUUUAAAAGUGCACUUUGCAGAAGUUUUACUCCUUUUCCCAUAAAUUUGAGUUAGGAGCUUUUACCUUGUAGCAGAGCAGUAUUAACAUCUAGACGAUUCAACUGCGGAACAUAGAGGCUGACUGUGGGGCUUACCAUGCGGAUGCUGGUCACACUGGUUGCUGGAGAAGGUGUUUUUAUGUAAUGCACUGAGAUGCCAACCUCAGUAGAGAAAUGUAAAGACUGAACUGAAUUUUAACCUAAUGUGAAAUCUUGGCAAAGAACAUGUUAAUAAAUAAGUAAAUGCCUUAAGAGUAUUUAAAAUGUGCUUCCAUAUGUCAAAAUACAAAAUGUAAUGAGACAGAAGAUUUUAUGUCUGACAUUGUGCCUGGAAAGGAAAGACCAGACCUUGGAACCUUCAGAACCUGCUAUUACAAGCUUUGUAGGGCUGUGUGAUUCCUUCCACGCCGAGCCUUUGACCCAAAAGGAAAGUUUAAGAAAUUGCUUUAUAAAGAAAGCCAUUUGGAGUCACUGGUUAACUGUGUCCCUGCAAAAUGUAAGCGGCAUGUUUGCAUAGAUGAUUAGAGGGUAUUCAGCCCUGAGACAUUUGAGGUGAAUAGCUCGAUUUUUUACUGAGCAUUUCUCUGAUGAUUUUUUAAGUUAUACCUGAAAUUUUUGUGUAUUGUGGUUUUUGGGAAAUGCGGCGUGUCCAGUUUUACAGUCUUAACAACUACUGGGGCUUGCCCACAUCUUUGGAUUUGGAAGGGAGAGUGUCCUGUUGUAUUGUCUUUAAGUUUACAGUUAACAUAUUCCUCUUCUUUACUCCCUUUGCCCAGUGGGACUCUUCUCUGGCUCCUAAAUUUGCUGCUUAGCAUUGGAAGUAUGGCGGGCAGGUGAUCUUGCUGCAGGUUCUUGCUGGACCUCUGGCAAAGGGAGUAUCAGCAAAGGCCAUUAUUACCUUGGGAUCUACAAGGUUGGGGUGUUUUUGGUAUCUGCUGUCCACAGCUCUCCACUUUUAACCUGAAUACUUUGCCAGUGCACUAAUCUCUUUGGAGAUAAAAUUCACUUGUGUGUAACUCAAUGUUAAUUUCUUUUGCAGAAAAUACAGUACCAUGUGUGAAUUAAUUAUUAAUAUUUAAAAUACUUCAUUCCUUAACUCUCCCUCAUUUACUUUUUGCUCAUGGCCUAUUCAGUCCCUUUGUUUGGCAGAAUCCUGCAAAAUGUAUGUUACCCACUACUGAGAUUGUUGAGCCCUUGAUGUGUUUGUAUUGGUUUGUUUCUGGUGGUAGCUUGUCCUAAAAUGUGUGUAGAAAACAGGUAUUUUAUGAUAAAAUUGUUGUGUAGUGCAUGCUCUGUGUGGAAUUCAGAGGAAAACCCAGAUUCAGUGAUUAACAAUGCCAAAAAAAUGCAAGUAACUAGCCAUUGUUCAAAUAACAGUGGUGCUAUUUCUCUUUUGUGGCCUUUUAGACUUUUGUUGCCCUAAAAUUCCAUUUUAUUGGGAAACCAUCUUCCACCUGGUCUUUCUUGACAGGGUUUUUUUCUACUUUUAACAGUUUCUAAAUAAAAUUCUGUAUUUCAA